GGGUAGACUACUUAGCGCGACCACUUAUCUCCACUUCUUGUUGCUACUUUUUCCAUUUUACUCGCGAUGCCAGACGGUUCAGCAACUUCUUACGAUGCGCCUCUUUGGCCGAGUGAGAACGCGAGAGGAUACAAGAUCCCAGAACAGGUCUUUGGAACGUUGAAACCACUGAAAGUCAUCGCUAUAGGUGCUGGCAUCUCUGGCAUCUCUCUCGCUCACGAUGUCCAGGAAAGAGGCCAAGGUAUCGACCUCACGAUCUACGAGAUGGGCAACGACGUCGGUGGGACGUGGUUCUGGAACAAGUAUCCUGGCUGUCGGUGUGAUGUUCCGUCUGUGAACUACCAGAUGUCAUGGUCACCGAACCCGGACUGGCCAGAGUUCUAUGCGGAGGCGGAUGAGAUACACAAGUACUACAGGGGCCUCGCGGAAAAGUUCGAUCUCCUGAAGUACAUCCACCUUGAACACGAAGUCAUCCGAGCCGAAUGGGACGGUCAAGCUCACAGGUGGCGGUUACAAGUGCGACGAGCAGAUCAGACGGUAUUCGAAGACGAUUGCGACGUCUUUAUCAAUGCUGGAGGCGUUUUGAACGCGUGGAAGUGGCCCGAUAUCAAAGGUCUGCACGACUUCAAGGGCACACUAUGCCACACCGCCCGUUGGCCGAAAGAUUUAGACCACAAAGGAAAGACAGUCGCCGUCGUCGGCUCAGGCUCCUCCGGCAUCCAACUCCUUGCCACCAUCCAGCCCGAAGUCAAGCAGAUUUACCACUGGAUUCGCAGCCCGACGUGGAUCACGAGUGCGUUCGCGCAGAAGUAUGCUGGACCUGGUGGGAAGAACUUCCAAUAUACCGACGAGCAAAAGAAAUUAUUCGCGGAGGACCCGAAACAUUCGCUCAAGUAUCGCAAGAUGAUCGAGUCGGAGCUCAACCAGCGGUUUAAGUUCAUUGUACAGGGCACAGCGGAGCAAAAGGCUGCUCUCGAGUUUGCGAAUGCGGACAUGCGACGAAGGCUAGGAGGAGACCAGCGUCUCAUCGACGCCAUCGUUCCCACCAAAUUUGUCGUCGGAUGCCGUCGUCCAACCCCCGGAAACGGCUACCUCGAAGCCCUCCUCCAACCGAACGUCCACACCUUCACAAACGGCAUGCUCCAACGCGUCACGCCCAAAGGCUUCAUCGACUCCGAAGGAAUCGAACACGAAUGUGAUAUCUUCGUCUGCGCGACCGGGUUUGAUACGAGUUUUAGGCCACGGUUUCCGGUUGUGGUGGAUGGGGUGAAUGUGCAGGAGAGGUGGAGGGAGUAUCCUGUUGAUGCGUAUAUGAGUAUCGCGAUCAAGGGCGUCCCGAAUUACUUCAUGUAUUACGGACCUCAUGGACCAACGGGUCACGGAUCCGGCGCUCCAAUGAUCGAAGCCUAUACACGCUGCUUCCUCCAGAUCUUACGCAAGAUCCAAACCGAGAACAUCACCACCAUGACGAUCAACCCGAAAGCGGUGGACGACUUCAAUGAGCAUCGCGAGCUGUAUCUCAAGCGCACAGCAUGGGCAGGACGAUGCAGUAGUUGGUUCAAACCCGGGCCCGAUGUCGCACCGGUGAUGUUCCCCGGCAACCGCAUCCUCUUCAUCGAGCUCCUCACCAAUCCACGCUGGGAGGACUGGGACUACGAAUACGGCUACGCGGGCAACCGGUUCGGGUAUUGGGGGAAUGGGUUCACGAUGCGGGAGUUGGAUGGGAGGGAUACGACGUUUUAUUAUGGGUUGUUGGAGGAUCAUGUGGAUGAGCAGCCGGAUUAUGAGGAUGUUAGGGCGCUUUAUGCGACCAAUUGAUAGAUCAUUUAGCGUUCGAAAUGUAAGUGUAUGUUGGGGUACUUGAGGGGGUAUGUUGAGGGAUGACUCCG